GGCAGUGCAUCGUUCAUGAUGGGUGACGAUCUCCAGCAACUUCUAUCCACGGAUAUGACCUUCGUAAACGUUGUUAAGGGGCCUUAUUGGGAAACGAGUUUUGAUUGCUGGUUGCAGUCUCGUUCACAUCUGGUUCCCUUCUCUGCAGGAUAUUUGUUUUCAACACGGGGUUUAGCACUGGGGAUCACAGAAUGA